CGUAAAUUAACUAUCCAGCUGAGAGAACCACCAACCACAUCAAAACCCGAUAAACUUAUUCAAUAGAUACAACAAUUUCUAACUGCGUCAUUUAUGUAUAUGUAUAGAGAAAGUCGAAAAGGAUCAAAAGUUAAAAUUUCUAUUUCUGCAUAGAAGUGCAUAUCUGCUAUUCCUCUUUACUUGUUCAUAAUAGAAUAUUGAUCCGAGUUAAUUGUGUGUAUGUUAAAUUCUUAUAUAUACGCAGUCCUACACAUGCUUAGAGAGAUGAAAACAACAAGCAAUGGUCGUUAAAUGCAUAUUCACUAGUAUUUUGACAUAUAUGCUAAUAACCUCAGUUAUUGGAAAUGGCCCUAGUCAUUCAGGUCAACAGAAUCACGGUGUAGAUGAUCCAGUCACUCAAAAAAUAGAAGAAUCUACUUCAGAAGAAAGCAGCAUGACAAAUAAAAAACUGAGGGUAGGAAUUCAAAGCAAGCAAGACAGACAUCGUUAUAAAUUGCAACAUGAAGUCAAGUUGGACGGUGAACGUCGGAUAUAUGGAAAAGGAAAAUUUGGAAGGGAAUUAUACAAAAACGUAAGAUUCAGAAAGCAUAAAGGACCUAAUGACAAACGAUUUCGAAAAAAAGUUGAUGUAAGCGGACAUUUAAGAGACUAUACAAGGCGGUAUGAAUAUAUUUCGCAUAAUCUUGAAGGUGAAGAGAAUGACGAAUUCUCAUUCAAACAAUGGACGGAAGAGAAUUCAGAUGAUAUUGUGCAUCAGACUCAAAUGGUUCAACACAAAAAAGAGUAA